AAGAGGAGUGGCCGACGAAUUAUGAUGUGUUCCAUAUUUCCGACAAAGAAAGAUAUGUGAUGGCAGUGGGUAAUUUUCAAGAAAGUAACAAAAAUCCCAAGUCAUACCUUUGGAAUUUGGUCAUGAGAACUGAAGCUGAGUGUGAAGGUGUAACAGUGCCUCAUUGUGCCUAAACUGAACAGCGUUUGUGAUACGUGCCUCGCCUUGCUCUCCUUAUUCAUAUUUGAGACACUAUUCAGUGAGUUCAGUGAGGAAUACUGCAUGGUAUUUACUGAAAGCAAUCAGAAGAUGAAGAAGCAAUUCUUUCGAGUGAAGCAGCUGGCGGAUCAGGCCAUUGCCAGGGCUGAGAAGUCUGAGGUGCUUACCGAGGACCUGGCUGCGUCGGAGCGUCGGGUGGAGAACCUGCGAGCCAGCUGCGGAGUCAUUCGAAAACGACUCACCGAGUCACUCUCGGGACAUGGCUCCGAUGAUGACUCCAAACGACUGCGGAAGAUGCAGGAGCACCAGCUCGGUGCGGCCAUGAAGGAGGGAGCCGGACAUGUAGGCGCCGAAACCAUGCUCGGCGCCAUAAUGUCCGAAUGCGGCGAGGCUCAGCUGCGUCUGGCCGGUGAGCGUCUCGACUACGAGCGAGCCCUGGAGCAGACGGUGCUGGAGAACAGCGUGCUGCAGCAGCUGCUGGACACGGACAUACCCAACGUCACCAAGCUGAGGAAGACGCUGGCCAAGCUCACCCUGGAUAUGGACGCCUCGAGGAGCAGGUACCAGAACGCCCAGCGUCACUCUGCCGGCCAGGUGGGUGCGGCCGGCUCACAGCAAAAGGUGGAGGCUACACGCGACGAACUGGAAGCCGCCCAGGUCAAGGUGGAACAGCAUAGGGACACCCUGGCCGGUGACAUGUUUCAGCUACUGAGCCGGGAGCCCGAGCUCGCCCAGCUGCUACUUCAUCUGGUCAAACUACAGACGGAGUACUACCGGAGUAGUCUGCAGCUGCUGGAGGGAACCAUACCGGCACUGCAGGCCAGCCUCAACGCAGCGGCGGUGAAGCCCGUAUUCGGCCUCUCGCUGGAGGAACAUCUCCGAGUCUCUGGUCGCCAGGUGGCCCUACCUCUGGAGAUGUGCAUCUGUCGACUGCUGCAGAUCGGGGCGGACGAGGAGGGACUCUUCAGGGUGGCCGGAAGCACCUCCAAGGCGCGGAAGCUCAAGUCGUGUUUUGAUGCCGGUCUGGCCAGUCCCGAACACAUGCACGAGUAUUUAGACGCCCACGUUGUGGCCGACGCGCUCAAAGCGUACCUCCGAGAUCUCCCGGAGCCCCUGAUGACCACCGAUUUCUAUGAUGACUGGAUGGCGGCGGCUCAUGUGCAGGACGAGGGCCAGCGACUGCAGGCGCUGUGGCAGGUGCUGCACCAGCUGCCCGAGACGCACUACACCAACCUGAGGUACCUCAUCAAAUUCCUGGCGCUGCUCUCCAAAAACAAACAGGUGAACAAGAUGACCACGCAGAACAUAGCGAUCGUGAUGGCCCCGAACCUGCUGUGGACCCGACUGGAGGAGGGGUUCAAUAUGACGGCCACGGGCACUCACAGUCUGGUGGUGGAUUCGCUGAUACAGCACAGUGAUUGGUUCUUCCCGGAGGAGGUGGAUUUUUUCAUCACCUACCCGCGUGAGGAGCCGCCCGAGGUACCUCCACCAGCGCCGGCACCGGACUCCCCCGUGCUCAGCAAUGGAUCGGUCCGCUCCUCGCCCGGCCACCAUAGGAGCAAGAGCAGCGACAGCGGCGUGGUGGCAGUGGACUCGUCCGGCGUGGGGGAGUCCGCAUCGGGCAGCACAGCCAGCCUCACCUCGUCAGAUCCCAGUGUACCCCACUGUGAGAGUCCCCGCCCAACCAUGCGGCGCAAGAAACAGGCAGCUCCACCGCCACCUACACACCGGCAAACCAUCGCCGCCCCCGCCGCCGUCCCCGCCGGCCGGGCGGACCCGCCGGCAGCGACGGAGCCAGAGGCAGACAGCAAAGCUGAUCACACCGCAAAGCCAGAGCCGGCGACUUCAAAACCGGAGCCUGCUGCCAAGCCAGAGUCUGUUAUCAAGCCAGAACCUGCGGCUAAGCCGGAGCCAGCAGCGAAGCCAGAGCCAACGACUAAACCAGAACCGACCGCUAGGCCAGAGAGUGUGGCGAAAAGCGAGGGUUCUGCAGCUGUGAAGGCUGACCCGGCAGUAUCUGCCGCCGCCGCCGCCACCGCCGCCGCUGCCUCCCGGGCUGGUGUGGACUCCGACUCGGGUCGCUCUCUGGCCGAUCUGGUCCAGAAAUCGGCCGCCAUUGCCGCCGGAGCAGCCAGCGCCGCGGCGGCCGUCUCAGCUGCCGCCGGCUCCGGCGCUCCGGCGCGGCCCGAGCCCGUGCGGCCGGCGCCUCCGGCGGGUCCGCCGCCGGCAGCUCCGCCUGGUGGGGGGACGCCGAACCACGCCGAGACGUCGGGCGCGGGCCAUCCGGUGCCGGCACCUCGUGUGGGAGGCCAGCCGGCGGUAUCCUCUGCGGGGAAGACGCCGAGACCUGAUCGGCCGCCGCCACCGGCUAAGCUGGUGGAGCGGGCGUCGAGCUUCAGUCCGAGCGACACUAGCGGCACGCAGCGGCAGAAGCCGGCACUACCGGAGCGGCCCGGCACCCUGCGAAGGACGCCGCGAAACUCGGCAGAGCUGUCAUCCAAGGACUCGGCGUCGUCGGAUGUCUCCACGCCUCCGUCAGCGGAUGGACAGCCAGGAGGCCGAUUUCAACACCGCUGCAGGAUGGGCCUAAGAUGCGGGUCGCAUAUACCGGUCUGCGCGACCUGAGGCGUGCGGACGGGGAGGGGAUAACCCGUUCCAACCUCUGUGACCGACUUGUAUGGAGCGCCGGACAGAAGCGUGCAUGUGUCGUGGGGGCAGCGAGGGCCGGGGACGCCCGAAGGUUCAGCGAAAGUUGAGCCGAAACCAGGCUAGUUGAAGCUAAUGUUAUGUAAGAUUGGAGUACCGAGAGAAACUCGUAUUCCCGAGGACACGCGCAGCGAAAGUGUGAUUCAAACGGAUGGCGGGUGAAGUGUUAUGAAUCAUUUACUUUGUUGGGCUUAUCGGGGUCUGGAAUAUUUACUUAUGUGACGUCGGCCGUAGUUCUUAGCACCGAACUUGAGUUGUGUUGUUGGUUAUUAGUACCGGUCAUAGUUCUAAUUAGUUCGAUAGUCAUUACCGUAAAAUCAACUUACUCUUUUAUGAUCCCCUUAUAAUUAUCAAUAUAUUUUUUAUAGAUCCGCUUUACUAAAAUGUUUGUUAUUUACGCAAUAGGAAGAUAUUCAACCAUUCAUUCAAUCGCAUGUUCAGGGGACAUAAACCGGAUCUAUGAAUAUGCCACGUAGUUUCUUCUCUCGAACUGUCUACUAUAUUGCAUUAGAAAUUGGGUGCUGUCUCAUUGGUGUUGUGACGAUUAUAGUUCACAACAAAGCCGGCAACAUUUCUAAUAAAUAUUUUUUAA